AUGGAGGAAGCAAAGAAUAUGGCGCUGCUCUUCUUCAUGGAUCAUUUGAUGCAGAAAAAUGGCCGGCGAACUAUACAUGACUUGAGCUGCCAGUUCGGUGCACGCGGGUUUUCGGAAGAAAUGCGAAAUGCUGUUGGUACCACACAAGAGGGUCUCACAGAAUUCCUCCAGCAACACCCAUCCCUCUUCACGCUAGAGGGAGACCAAGUCAUAUUGAAUGGGUUUGGUGAUAUUACUGCCAAGAACAAUCCUCUUCUACAGUCAACGUCUCGUAAUCGCGACUACGAAAAAGAAGCUGUUGAGUUUUUUGUAAUGAAACUCACAAAGUUUGGACCAGAACUUCAGAUAAAGUCGUUGCUAGGACACCGCUCACAAGCCGCUCCAGAAGUACGACUAGUUUCGGGACGACAUCUUAAGGAAUUCUGCGAGUUUCUGCAGUCGCAAAACGAACACUUCGUUGUAGAAGGGGAUCGUGUGCGUUUAAAGAAUAUGCCUGAGCCUGACGAUAACGCCAUUGAGUUGGACGAUGAAGGCAAACCUCUAGCAGGUGUGAAGGCGAAGCAGGCUGCCGUUGAGUACCUCAAAAGCGUCCUUGAGCAGAAUGAAGACCAACCUAUACCUCUUGAUGUUUUCUAUCAACGGUUCUGCCAACGGUUUUCGCAUUCAAUUCGACAGGACGUUGCUACAAAUCCUAAGGAACUUUUACAGUUCCUUAAACUCAAUCGAGGGCUUUUUUUUAUCAGAAGUAACAAAGUGACUCUUGUGAAGAAUAGGCCGUCCGAAGAUGGUAGCGAAAACGGGUCCGACGAAGGUGAUAUGGAGAGCAAUAAUAAUAGUGUAUUUCCACUCGAUCAAAACGCCCUAGCACGGAUUCACUUUGUGAAGGCACUGAAACCAGCCCAAGAGCUGGUUGAACGUUUAUGGCAAGAUAUCAACACACAGGAUAAGAAAGUAGUGGGUCUAGACUUCAAGACAGUCACUGUGGGUAUUGACGGCGAGCUGUUUUUGUCUUUGUGUGUUGUGGCCACCCAGUCACAGAUUGGUGUGUUCGACCUUGCAUCAAGCGAUGUCAUUAUUAUGGAAAGUGGUCUUAAAGACAUACUAGAGAGCGACAAGGUUACAAAGGUGAUACAUGACGCUCGACGUGUUGGAUCUUUGUUGGCUCAUAAAUACGCUGUACAUAUGGUUAAUGUUUUUGAUACCCAGGUCGCCCACUCUGUGCUACAACACGACAAAUUUGGGAAGCCACUUCAUGAUUUGCGAUCAAUUUCGUUCGUAAAUCUACAGCGGGUUUAUUACCCGCAGUCGAUAAUGCUCAGUGAUGUUACACCUCGGAAGCUAAGUCAAAGCCCAAACUGGGGAAUACGUCCUAUGAGUGAUGAUCUGUUACUCUCUUCAGUCGAGGAGGCUCACUGCCUUCUUUCAGCAUUACACCAAACGCUCUCCAACCUCAUACCAGUGCACUUGAGAGGCCUUUUCGAGGAUAAAUGCAUUGAGCCUACCUAUGGAGAUCGUGGGGUUGGCAGCGCGUAUACACCUGCAUCAAUGCGUCGUAUGACUGACGCAUACACGCAAACGUUCUCGACGGGCGACAUUCAAGUGCUCAACGUGUUCUACGAGUGA